CGCCGAGCCAGCGAGCCGCCGGGUAGAGCGCCCGCGGAACGACCCUGCUAGCCUCCCACUUCCGGCGCGCUCGCCUGGCCCGGGCCUCCAGAGCGGCCAACGGGGCGCGGCCGUGCCUAGAGAGGGCGGAAGUAGGGGGCGGAAGGAACCGGAAGCUCCCGUUGCCAUGGUGGCCGCAUGGGCCUAGGCCGGGCCUGGGGCGUGUGGAGGGACCCGCCGCGAUGACUCAGGCCGAGAUCAAGCUGUGCUCCCUCCUGCUGCACGAGCACUUCGGGGAGAUCGUGGAGAAGAUCGGGACGCAGCUGCUGCGGGCGGGCGGGCAGGCGCUGCGGGGCAUCGCCGGCGGCACCGGGCUGCUGCUGGACCAGGUGAAGAAAGCCCUGUGCGUCCUGAUCCAGCACAACCUGGCGACGUUCCGGCCGCGCCGCGGCGGCGUGGAGUACGAGGCGCAGUGCGGGCGCAUCCUGCGCAUCCUGCGCUACCCCCGCUACAUCUACACGGCCAAGACGCUGUACGGCGACACGGGCGAGCUCAUCGUGGAGGAGCUGCUGCUCAACGGCCAGCUCACCAUGAGCGCCGUGGUGAGGAAGGUGGCCGACAGGCUCACCGAGACCAUGGAAGACGGGAAAACCAUGGAUUACGCCGACGUCUCCAGCACCUUCGUGCGCCUGGUGGACACGCACUUUGUGCAGAGGUGCCCGCUGGUCCCCGAAGGUCCCCAGAGCCCCGAGGUGCCGCCUCCCCCGGCACCCACCCUGCUGAGCAGCGACAAGGACAUGUACACGGUGCCGCGGCUCAGCCUCGUCGGGAAGGGGAAGCGGAGACGAUCGUGCGAGGAGGAGGACGGUGAACCCCGGGUCAAGAAGCAGAAGCAAGAGGGAGAAAGCUCCGAGGCUCCCCCCGACGACGGCAUUUACUGGCAGGUCAACAUCGACCGCUUCCACCAGCAUUUCCGCGACCAGGCGAUCGUCAGCGCCGUGGCCAACCGCAUGGACCAGGUUGGUGCGUCCGAGGGACUCGCGCCCCUCGGGGCGGAGGUUCCUCACCCUGCAGCUCUUUCCUUUGCCCCGACACCGCAGACCAGCAGCGAGAUCGUGCGGACGAUGCUGCGCAUGAGCGAGGUCACCACGUCCUCCGGCGCGCCCUACACGCAGCCGCUCUCCUCCAACGAGAUAUUCCGGUCCCUUCCCGCCGGGUACAACAUCGUGAAGCAGGUUCUGGACCAGUACCUCGCGCUGCUGGCCGACGACCCCCUGGAGUUUGUGGGUAAAUCCGGAGACAGCGGCGGGGGCAUGUACACCGUCAACCUUCACAAGGCCCUCGCGUCCCUGGCCACGGCCACGCUGGAGUCCGUCGUGGAGGAGAGGUACAAACAGCCGUUUUUUCAAGACUUUUGCCCCUUUCCCCUCCACGUGACCGGUGUUCCCGCCCCGCGCAGGUUCGGGUCCCGCUGCGCCAGGAUUUUCCGGUUGCUCCUGCGCAAGAAGCACCUGGAGCAGAAGCAGGUGGAGGAUUUCGCCAUGAUCCCGGCCAAGGAGGCCAAGGAGAUGCUCUACAAAAUGCUCUCGGAGAGCUUCGUGUCCCUGCAGGAGAUCCCCAAGACCCCGGACCACGCACCGUCCCGCACCUUCUACCUCUACACCGUGAACGUCCCCGCGGCCGCGCGGAUGCUGCUGCACCGCUGCUACAAGAGCGUGGCCAACCUGAUGGAGCGGCGCCAGUUCGAGACCAAGGAGAACAAGCGGCUGCUGGAGAAGUCGCAGCGCGUGGAAGCCAUCCUGGCCUCCAUGCAGGCCACGGGCGCCGAGCCCGCGCAGCUGCAGGAGAUCGAGGAGAUGAUCACGGCCCCCGAGCGCCAGCAGCUGGAGACCCUCAAACGCAACGUCAACAAGAUCGACGCCAGCGAGAACCAGGUGGAUGAAACCAUCUUUGUGCUGGAGUCCUUCAUCGAGAGCACCGUGAAGAGGCCCUGAGGGGCGGGGGGGGACACGGAGGGGACAAUAAAGCCAAAAUCACCCAU